CCAUUUUUCACUCCUCUCCCUGCCCACUUUUUUCUCUCUCUACAAAGUUCUUAGAGUAUAUAUUUUUCUUCUUCUUCAAGAGCUCAAAAGCUCCAUUAAUGGCUUCUUAGCCUAAAUCAUGUUCCAUGUACACACCCCCGAUAUUAAUAAAAAUCCCCCGUUGGCAAGGUACCGCCAAAAAAGGCCCGUGGUUUUCUCCCGAUUUGGGUUUCCACGUAAACAUCCUCGUGUUUAUAGUUUGGUGUAUUUUUUAGACUAGUUUAUCGUUUUAGCCGGGCUAAAACGAUACCAGUCGAUAAUUUACACUAUCAUUUUGGCGCCGAUCGUGGGACCCGAGCUAAAAGUCAUACUCGGUAUUUUUUUUUUCACUGGCAGGGCAAGGGAGUGGGGAGUUCAAGCCGAGUAUGAAAGAAAAGCCAACUCAAAUUUUAUUUGGCCCAAUCCAAAAAACAAAACUCUCACAAUGGGGUAUUUUCAAAAGAAAAAAAAAUUCCAAUUCUUGGCUAUUGGAGAGGGAAUUGUUCUCCCAUAAAAAAAAUCCAAUCGCAGAGCCUUUUUUUCUGCAGCUAUUGGAUCCACAUAGUCUCUUUUGAUGCUGGAGUCCAUGCCGGAGUCCGUCAAGCCAAGAUGUCGGUGCUGAAACAACCACCUACCCAGCAAACCUUGUAAACGGCCACUCGAGCUCAUGAUGCCAUUCCAAGAGCAGGUCUGGAAGUGGAACCUAAAAGGCCGGCGUCGGGGACGAGAGAUCCGGUCGCCAUGGACGGGGCAUGGGCGCCGUCGCCGUCGUCAUCUCGCGGCGAAUUCGACUCUUUGGACUCGUCAAUUGGGCCCAAUGCUGCUUCGUAACCUUUGGAGAAAUACCUCGUGCCGAUGAGCUUUCUAUUGCAGCUCGAAGCGUUGAAAUUCUUACCGGAUUUGUACUCUCCCUUCCACCAACUCGGAACAGGGCCAAGGCCAGAGUCGUCGAAGCUUAGGAUCCAGCAAUUGCCGGAAAGACCAUCGUGGACGGCAACCCACUUGACGGAAUUUUCUAUACGGCGAGCUAAACGAUGUCCUCCUCACAAACGGCCUCUCAUAAUUAAGCCGCCGGACCCGCAGACGUUGUGCUUGGCGAUCCGGCCGACUAUUUCUGGCGCGGAAGUUCAACUAUGCCAGUUCCUAUUACUGUUCAAAUUACAUCUCAAACGAGGCUGAAACCAACCAUUACCGUCAUUGAAACCAAGCAUCCCCGCUGCCAAUGCUGGUGGCCAACGUCGCCGCCGCCGCCGCCGCUGCUCAGAUUUCGCCGCUGCUGCUUAGACUCGCCGCCGCCGUUGCUCAAAUUCGCUGCCGCCGCUGCUCAGACUCGCCGCCGUCGCUGCUCAUAUUUUCGCCGCCGCUGUUCAAACUUGCCACCGCCGAUGAGAUCCUCCGAUAUCACCACUAUCGGAACUGCUGGUGUAGGAACUGACGCCACAUGGAUGUCAUUGAAGCCACCGCCACUGUUCAAGUGCACGAAGAAGAUGGCCAUAUUGAAGUAGCCAUGUCUACUCGCAUAUAGUCGGGAUGGAGCUGGGGUCUUUUCAUUUAACCAUUGGAGCACCUCUUUUCAAAAUUAUAUUCCUUCGAAAGAGGAUCCAAAGAGGAAAAAAAGUGGAUGGAAAUGGAUGCCGACCACAUAAAGGAAAAGAGGAAAAUGACACUCACUUUGGUCCAAAAAAAUAGCGCAAAGGGAUGGGCAUAUGCGGUGCUCAACUAUUCCCAAGAUAAAGUGAAUUGGUGGGGAUGGCUCCCCACACUCAUUACGGAGUAUUCAUUAUUUGUGAGGGGCCCAUUUAAAUCAAAAUCCCAAAUGGAGGAGAAAAGUCUUUGUUGGCUACACUGCACAGCGGUGGAUUCAAUGGAUUAUUAUUUUAUACGGAGUAGGAGUAAUCAUGGAUGAAGAGUCUCUCAUGAGACAUGGUCUGCUAUCCUUCGUUGUUUUAUUCAAUUGGAAGGAAUCAGCUAUGGAAUUAAUCAUGUUCGAUCAAAUUGGCGUGAUAAUAACUCUGGUCGAACUAGGGCCAAUGUUUUGCUGAGGAAGACUGAGACACAGGCCCGGACCUGGCACGCCGGUCUUGCUCAGUAUAAAAUAAAAAAAUUAUAAACCCGGAAGAGGGUGUGCCUGCAAAAGGGCUGGACCUGGAAGAGGUUCGAACCGUACUUACACGGGCCCAUGAGGUUUGACCGGUAUCGGGGAAUCAGCCGAGAUUGGCAAACUGAUUGGAGGACUAAAAGAUGCCCAUUAAAAGAAAUAGAAGAGGGAUCGUCCACCGUGGCGCAUCCUAUUUCCCCCUUCUCAGGGAAGACUUGAACGGGGGGUGAGCUAAGGCCUUCCCGGGAUAGUAAAUAUCAAAGGGCCAUUAAAAGACUUAAUCACCCGGAAGAGGGGGCCCUGGAAGAAGGGUGCAUUUUGGGCCUUGGAGAGGGCUCGAAACCAUCCGACAUGGUUAAUUCUCCAAUGUUGAUCUAGCCCGGCCAGCAGCAUUAUCUUAUUGGAAGACUGAGACACAGGCUUGGCCUGGCACGCUGGUUACUACACCGGUCUUGCUCAGUAUAAUAAAGAAAAUAUGUGACCCAGUCGAACUGGUACACUGGUCUCACACCAGUCUUACACAUAUUUUCCAAUAAGCUUGAGCCCAAUCGAAUUGGGUACACCGAUUGCACAUCGGUUUCAGCAAAAAAGUGAGCAAAGCUCAUAUCGGGGACGCCCGAUUCAUUUAAGCCCUCAAUCUGAGGCACUUUGAUCGAAGAUGGUCUCCGCAAGACAUGAAGAUAUUUACAUCAGUCAGCCGGGCUAACACUGAUCUUCAACAAAGCUACCGCAUCGGAUUCAAUUCUUAUUAACUAAGGUCGUUGUCAUCGGUAUACUAAUAUGGUCACACAUUGUUUGCUUGACUCGUAUUAACAUCGGUCUCGACGAAAUAACUACUUGAAGCACCGCCGCUUCAUCGUACUAACUCCGGUGUCGUAUAACUACUCGAAGCAUCGUUGCUUAAUCAAACUGACAUCCCUCUUGUUACGAUAAUUAUUCACGCGAAGUUUAGUCACCCUAACACCGAGCUCCUCGGUAAAGAUAAUAAUUAUUUGAGCACGGCAUAGGCCGGUCAAAAAAAAUGUUGUGCAUAUUAUUUUUGCAGGAAAACCUUCUGAUUCAAGAAAUUGGAGAAUUAAUGAAGACUCGGAGGACUAGCAACAAUAUCAACCGGUCAAGAAUCCAAAGUAUGAAGAUCGAAGAUAUCACUCGGAGGACUUGUUUACUUUUUCAAGUUGAUGAUUCUCACAACUUAAAAAAGUGGAGGACUUAUUGAUGGGAAAUAAUACGUGGCUCGGCCCACAUUUCCCAAUUAUUUUACGAAGAACAGUCAAACCUGGCAUGUUUAAUAAAAUGGGGGAAUAAGA